CUAGUGUUUUAUUGUGUUUAUUUCAGGUACUGGAGCAGGAGAAGUAUACUUUGAAAAGAAAACUAGACAUUUUAGAAGCAGAGUAUGACAGUCGAGUUGCCGAACUUCAGACGGAUUUGAACGAACUCCGCCGAGAAUUAGACGAACAUCGGAAUCUAGUGAAAUCAACAGAAAAGGAAAAGCACCACGUCAUUCAGGAGCUACAAGAUCAGAAUCAGCGUCUGACCGAUGCUUUAAAACAGACCACUAAGUCUGAAGAACAGCUGUCUAACCAGGUUAAAUCCCUGCGACAACAGUUUAACCUGCGUAGGUCCAGUCUUACAGAUCACGUGUCUCAACUAGAAGGACUGAGAGAAGAGAUCGAUAUGCUAAUUGAAAAGAAAUCUGACUUAGAGAAUCGAAUUCAAGGGUUAAUGGAAGAAAGAGAAGGGCUUAGUGUUUCAUUAGAAGAGUCAAAUGAACGAGUAUUGAUGUUAGAAAAGCAUAGAAAAGAACAAGAACAACAGAUUCGCAGGCAGAAGAGAGAUUUAGAAGAGUUGAAACUAACAAAUGAUGAUCUGCAAACUAAACUAGACAACGUAUUAAGGCGUAGUAGUACGCCUACCUUUGGCCAAACUUCGAUCUUCACGGAAAUAGAAAUGUCCUCCGUCUCAUCUGUAGAUGACGAACUAAGGUCCUUAAAUGGAAGCCAGUGUGGCCAUAGCAGACAAUUUACAUAUUCAGGUUCCUCCGUGGGUUUCCAUGGCGACCUGGGCGAAGAUGAAACGGGGUACGACGACGCCGAAUUGUCUCCUUUUACAGGUGUUCCACCUCAAGAGUCUGACGAAAAUUGGAAGUUUCGGCAAGAACUUGUCGACAUAUACCAUCAACUUCGGAGGCUCUGUGAGGACCUGAGGAGACGAAGGGAUAGCUUGUCUGCUGACAGUGGGAUACCACCUUCUCCGGAUGAUAUCGAAGUUCACCAUAUUAGGGUUGGCAUGAUCAGCGGUGUUUUACAUGAACUGAGGCUUCUGAUGCAAGAACUUUUAGUCAACUGCUCAGAUUCUUCAUGUAUGUCCUGCCAAACAGUUGGAAGUGAGUCCGGUGUGGUCCAGAAAAUCCGUGAAGAUCUUGCAGAAAAAACAGAAGAACUGAAGAGAAAAGCUGAAGAAAUAUCUAAGCUUACCACAAAAGUAUCUGUACAAGAAGCAGAGUUAGCUGCCCUGAAAGAGGAGAGGGACCAUCUUGCAGAUGAUAUUGGGAACACCCACAUGGGAAAAGAUGAGGUGGUGAAGAAGGCAUGGGAAGUAAGGGACAAGGCAGUAGCAAGGAAAAAUGCUGUAGAAAUUGAGCUGGCUAAGACACGGAUAGAUGUAAUGCAGAUUAACAGCCAGUUGAUGGAAGCCAUUCAGCAAAAGGUGGAAUUGUCUCAGCAGCUAGAACAAUGGCAGGUUGACAUGCAGUCGUUACUUAACGAACAGCUUAAAGCAAAACUACAAAACCAGGAGCAAGAGGAGAAAGCAAGUUCACAAACAUUAUCAUCAAAUUCACGGCAGAAGCGAGGUAAGGGCAAACUGUUCAGACUGUGGAGGUGACCUCGACUACCUUGCUGUACAUAAAUUAAGACAUUUCUUUAUACAUGUGUACAUAGUGUUUGAAUGCAACCAGUGUGUGUAAGUCACGCAUACCUGGAUUGUAAAUACUGCUAUUCACACUCCACUCAUUAUAUUUGCUAUCCAAAAAUUAAAAACCUUAAAUCGGACUUCUAAUUAAGCUAUGUUCACCUCAGUUUAUCAGAUCAACAAGCAUUUUACAGGUACUUGUUCCGAGAUUGUGGUUUGUUAAAAUGAUGAAACUGUAUCGCAAUUUACCACUUCAUUUGAAGUUUUAAAUACAAUGAAGCCUAAUACUUUUCCUUUACAUUAGGUGUUAGUAACUUUGUGUUAUGAAUACUUGUUAAAGCAGAAAUUAGUACAUUCGAGGUAUGAUUACAUGAGAAGCCAGUACCUGUGUAUUGUGAAUAUUUUGCAUAAGCAUAAGAAACUAGUACCUGGAAAUUUUGAAUACCUGCUACGUAAGAAGCUAUCGUCUGUGAGUUGUGAAUAUGUAUUACAUAAAAAAAACACAUUAAAACCUGGAAGUUGUGAAUAUCUUGCAUAAAGAAGCUGGUACUUCCAAGUUGUGAAUACCUGUUACUUAAGAGCUAAGUAUUUCCGAGUUAUGAAUACGUAUUAUAUUCAAGGUAUAGAUCCUUGCCACAGCAGAAGUUAAUAUCCGAGUUGGGAAUGUUUGUAAUAUUGGAAGCUAUAUUUUGAAAAUCCUGAAUAUCUGUUAAAUCAGAUGAUAGUGUACACAAAAGGUGUGAAUGUUUAUUAUAUCAAUAACAAGUACCAUCCCAUGUUACAGCCUAUUUCAUCAAAAAACUAAUAUAUUUAUGUUAUGAGUUAUUGUUACAUCAGAAGCUACUGUUGUGAAAACUUGUUACAUCAAAAAGUAGUACCUUUAAGUUCUGAAUAUUAGUAAAUUUAAAGUUAAGACCAUUGCUUGGCAUACUGAAAUAUUUCUAAAUUUAACUAAUAAUAUUGGAAAUAUUUGUAAACCUGGGAACUAAUAGAUCAGUUUUUAACUGAAAACUUAAAUCAUUCAUUACAUCUCGGUAAUGAAAUUUUGUCUGUGAUGAAACCGAAACCUUUGUUUGUUUGUUUUUUGUACAAUUGUUUUAUCCAGUUAAAGCUGGUUAUGGUUAAGACUUGUUAAAUGGAAGAUAAUAUUGUUAUGUAUAUACAAAUAACGUUAAAAAAUCCCAAUAUGACAUUUCUAACAUUCCUUUCAUGUUUAACAAAUGACGACAAAGUUACUAAAUAUGCCAUUAAAAAAAGCAGAUGAUAAAUCUUAUAUUUACCAUUUUACUAAUGUACAAUUUUGAAAGUUAGCCUACAAUAUUAUCCAAGUAUUUUUGACCAGUUGGUAAUAUUAAAAUUCCGACCACAGAAAUAUACAGAACACCUAGUGAUUGUUAUUAUUACAUAAUCUACUUACUGGUAUUCUGGUCCAUUCACGACACGUAACAAACAAGUCUGGUACAGCAGAAACAUUGUUUAGAAGAUUAAGUUGUUAAGAAAUAAUAAUUAAUCGAGAACUUACAGUUUCUCUGUAGAGAUUGCACUGUUUCUCAGUUGUGUAGAUUACCAUAACCAACACAUUACAGAGCUAUUAAUAACUACAUUUUGUUAAAAAUGUCUUACUUUUUUCAUUGUUAGUAAACUAGAACUUGUUGUUAAUACAAUUUUGUGAUUAACUUCACGUUAUAUAUCAGACACGACAACACAUACUGUUAUAGUGCCUUUAACAUUUUCUGUAUAUCUUAGAAAUACCAUAUCAAAAAGAAAUGUGAUGACAUAGUUCAGUUUGCUAAUUGAAUGCUAUACUGUUACUUUCAUCCAACAUAUUAUUAAAACGUAAUUGGUUUACAGAUGUUGUAAUAAUUUGGUAAGAUAGUAUAUCGUGAAAAAUAAGUUCUUGUUUAUCGGAUACGACUCCAAAUGUAAUAGUUUAGCAAGAGACUAUCAUAAACUGUUUUUAUUUAUCAGAUAUGUGGUUGCAAGAGUUAAGUUUAAUGCUGUGUGGACAUUAUUUGUUCUAUGAUACGUUAGAUGUUAAAAAGUACGUAGUUUUUCAAGGUUAGAAAAAAUUUAAGUUUAUCAAAAUUGUUAAUACAACCAUUUAAAGAAAUAAACAUUUGAAUAUAAACUUGCUUAUUUUCUAUUUCUCUAUAAACAAGACCUCAACAUUAGAAACGUCUGGAAUGACAAUUUUAAACUAAGCUUUGGCAGAGCAGUACUAAUUAUUUUGUUUUCAAUAACACAGUUUUUCAUCCACUGUGAUAACAGUUUAGUAAUAAUAAUAUGUUGAACAUUUUCCUAAAUUUAUUUAUUCCAUUGUAUUAUUAAAUGCCUUGCCUCUACUAAUGUGUGUGGUUCACAAUAUUAAACUUUUUUUGAACUGAUAAAUUCCCAUUGUUGGUUUUUAACAUUGUAACACUACUAUCAUAUUUACAAGACAUUUUUCAGUAUUAAAUGUUUUACAUAUAAAUUAAUAUUAUAAUCCAGGCACCUUUGCAUAAGGACCAUAUGUUUUAACAUUGCAACUGUCAGUACCUGACUUGUGACCUGUAGAAUUUUGGACUUAUUAUCACUGAAAAAUAAAAGUAAGAUUUC